UCCGAGCCGGUCUAGCAACGCAGCCUACACGCAUCAUGAUUGUGAGUAGCUCAGCGACGCGGUACAGAUGCGGAUCGGAUGGGCAGCGUGCAAGGCGUUCGGAAGCGGGAGCAGACAAUCGAAAUUCUCCGAACAGCCGCGCUGGCCUCAGCUCUGGCACUAGCUUCCACGGCUCUUGCUGCCGACCUCACCAUCAGCGCACCCACCAAUGCUCAAGAUGCUGGCUCAUUGUCCGUCAUCUUGGCCCCGUCUUACGCAGGAAUGGGCAUCGAGCCCUCAAAUCUUCUUUCAUUCACUGGUACGACGAGUCGCAACGAGUUGACCUACCAACUCCUUGCUAAUCUCGGGAACUAUACGGGCAAGCCUUCGCAUAUUCGGCUGGGCGGUAAUUCGGGCGACAACAUGCUCUACAACGCAAAUGUCAACAGCUAUACCCUGAUAGACAAUCCAAACAGCUCCGGGCAAGGUGGUGUGGCCACGGAUGCGUACUAUUAUGGUCCCAAUUACUACAAAGCGUUGGACAUGCUGCCAAAAGGCACACCCAUCACCUAUGGGCUGAAUCUGGCAUAUACGGGGUCGGACGCUUUCGACCGGAUUGUAGAGCAAGCCAAGAUCACGUUUUCGAGUCUUCAGAAUGUUGAGAUCGUGGGACUUGAAAUAGGAAAUGAGCCAGACCUGUUCUUCGUCAACGGAUACCGACCUCAAUCUUGGACAUCCGCCGAUUACGGAGUCGAGUGGUCUCAACGUGCGGCUGCCAUCUACAACGAGGUACUCAAGCCUCUCAACUUGCCUUCCAACUUCUUUGAGCCUGCUGCUACCGCCACCACUGCAACGGACCAUGGGCACCAAUUCCGCAUCUCCAACUUGGUUGAUACCGAAGUCGCUACCGGCAAUGGUAUCUACGUCGCCGGGUGGAACCAGCACGACUAUUACUAUUACGUCAACGUCAGCACCUACACUCUCACAGCGGACUUGCUGCUGGACUUCAGUACCACCAGGUCUCAGCUCAGCGAAUGGUCCAGACAAGCUCAACAAGCGGCGGUCACGGGCAAGCCUUACUACCUGCGUGAAAUGGGAAGCGUCGGCCCUGGCGGUCUACCUGGCAUCAGCGAGACUUUUGCGAACACGCUGUGGACCUUCAACUUCUUCUUGUACGCCGCGACGCAACAAAUGUCAUCCGUCCAGAUGCAUUUGACCGACGUAUCGCUCGGAUCACCUUGGCAACCCAUUACUGUCGAUGGUGUAGCUCCACACGUGCGCUCAUCGUACUACGCGUACGCCGCCAUGGCGCAGAUCAUCGGUGCCAAGUGCAACACGCGCAUUGCUAGCAUUGAUGUGUCUGGACCCUCCAGCUACAACAAUCGUCUGACCGCUUAUGGAUCAUACCAGAACAACAGACUGAAUGCGAUAGUCCUCAUCAACUCGCAGACCACCCAGUCCACCAGCAGCAACAAGCCGUCUCUCGCUGUCGACUUCCAAGUUCCCGGCUUCACCGGGACCGCGUACGUAUCGACGCUGAUCGCAUCGGGAACGGACUCCACCAGGGGCACUACGUGGAAUGGCAUGUCGUACGAGCAGUCUAGCAACGGGGCUGCCACAAGAUCCGGACCAGCGGUGCAACAGGUGCAGAUCAAUAACGGGGUCGUCUCGGUGAACAUCAGAGACGGAUCAGCAAUCGUAGUCGCCUUUGGAUCGGCGUUGGGUUCUGACACGACAGUCGAUGACAAAGCAUGCAACGCUCUCGCUGCAACAUCUUCAGAAGGUGGUGCCACAUCUACUGAUGGCACUACUGGUGCUGCGCCCACCUUCAAGGCCACGAACGGGUUCCGAAGCGAUCAAGUACUCACGAAGGAGCAGAUCAUCGGCGUUGCAGCAGGCGGCGGUGCAUUCAUCAUCAUUGCUCUCAUCUCGAUCAUCGCACUUUGCGUCGGCGCGAAUGGCGAUGAGGGAUACACAUACGGUAACUUGGGAGGCUACAAGUCGGGCUAUGCGCGUCCAUACGACUCGCCCAAGCCUUACCGCGAGUCGGGAGGUUUUGACUCACCGCGCACCUAUGCUGGAUCCGGAUACGACAGCCCACGAAGGAAGGAUUACCCCAUCGAGAUGGAGGCCCCUUCGCCUCGUUUCGCCAAUGCGGCACGCCAUCAGUCUGAUAACGCCAGCGCGGGCAGCAGACGGCCCCUGAUCGCCUAA